UUUAAACACGUGACUAUAUGUCCUGGAGUGAGAUGGCCCCCAUCCACAUCAGUAUCAGCUACCUGCAGGUACAUGGCGCACACGGGGAUAAUGGCACUGUUAUACUUAAGGUUCAAUCCAUUCCUUGUCCUGAUUGUCGGGAUUCAUCUUGGAACUCUUGGCCUGUAUCUUACGUUCAGAUCCUCGUCACAGAACGUCCUUGCCCUGCUUAUAGAACGAUUGGUGGGCAUUGUCUUCAUGUUGGCCUCAGUGGUAGCAGCAGACAUAUACAGGUCCAAGCCCGUACACUCCCAUACAUGGAGUUCCAUGCUACAACAAUACGUCAGCUUCAAGAAGCUCCUCAUCCAGCAUUACCACCUCAAGAGAAAGAUUCUAGCUUCUAUGCAGGACGUGAAAACCGCACAGGCUCACCUCCUGAGAGACAUCCUUAAUCAAAGAGCAGAAGUGGCCUAUGGUAAAGAUUUCAAAUUCAGAGACAUUAAUACGGUAGAGGAAUUUCUCGCCAGGCACCCACUAACCACGUACAUACAUUAUGAGUCGUACGUGUCUCGUAUGGUUGAUGGAGAGCGUGAUGUCAUGUUUCCGGGAGCUCCUCAAUACAUCGCCCUUUCUUCGGGAACAACCUCGGGAAAAUGUAAGAGACAUCCAAAGGACCUGAAAUUUUUCGGUAAAAUGGGUUGGAUGUAUCUUGCCUAUCUCAGAACCACACUGUUCCGCUUUCGACACAUGUCAAAGCUGCAAUUAUGGCAUGAUAUCCGCGUUAAACCGUCCAUCACCAAGUCACAUCUGGGUGUUCCUAUGGGAGGCGGAAGUGGGUCAGCCUAUUUUAUAUGUCCCUUCUCUGCGUCACCACCGGAAGUGUAUACCAUGGAAAAGUCGCAGACGGUAUUGUACCUUCAUUCCCUAUUUGGGCUCAAAGAAAAAUACGUGACUCUCUUUAGUUCAAUGUCAACCCCGCUAGCACUCGACUUCUUUAAAACCAUUCAGAAGUACUGGAAACAGUUGUGUGAGGAUAUCGAAUCCGGGACAAUAAACCAAACCGUUGACCUUGUACCUGGCAUGAGGCAAAAACUAGAGACGUCCUUGACUCCAGAUCCAGAAAGAGCCGAUGAACUUCGGAAGAUAUUUCGUAAAGGAACUUCUCACUUCGGUCCACUUGUGUGGCCGAACUUCGCAGCCCUCCACGCUCCUGGAACUGGUGCCUUUUCGUUUGCUACUCAGCUUCUGAAGAAGAACUUUCUGGGAGAGGUGCCAGUGUCAUCCGGCGUCCAUAUCUCGUCUGAGGGUCUGUACGGUCUGAACCUGCACGUGGAGGAUCAGACAAAGACGGAAUACACAAUCCUGCCGUGUCUGAACUUCUAUGAGUUCAUACCUGAAGACUGUAUAGACAAGGAGGAUCCCACGACUCUUCUAGCUCACGAGGUUGAGGUAGGUGGAGAGUAUGAGAUGGUGGUGACGACGUGGAUGGGGCUGUACAGAUACAGGACCGGGGACGUUGUGCGCGUCAGCAGCUUCACUGGGACGACUCCCAACUACACCUUCUCCCAGAGGUACGAUGAUGCACUGUUACAGGGGUUUUAUUGUAACGGGUUUCGUGUACCAAGGGAUGUUUGUCCAUUUGUUCUUGAUCGCCGCCCUCAGCGGUUGCUUUAGAUUAAAUGCCCUAAUGGAGCAGUGUGCGAAAUACUCCUGAUGUUGGAAAACGGAAGUAAAAAUCUUCAAAUCAUCAUCCGAUAAUUAA